AUGGCCAGCCGGCGGGAUGGACGGGUUGGUGAGGAACAUUCCGUGAAUAUUGUGACACUUUCCGACCAGACCCAGUAUUUGGCAGAUGUCGGAUAUGGUGGAAAUGGUCCUAAAGUUCCUCUGCCAUUGAUCUCGGGCUCGGUGGUGCAUAAUUUGGGAACCCAGGACCUUAGACUGGUCCGUGAGACAACAAUGGGGUUAUCUGAUAGACAACAAGGGCGAUGGACCUAUCAAUUUCGAAAUGCCGAAGACCAAGCGUGGGCAAUUGGAUAUAGCUUCACCGAUAUUGAGUUUACACUGAAGGACUUUGAGGUCAUGAAUUUCUUCACGAGCCGAAGCCCGGAUUCAUUCCUGACAACGAAGAUACUCGUGGUGAAAUUUCUUCAAGAAGAUGGAAAGAUUACGGGUAAAGUCAUCAUGGACCAAGAGCAGGUGAAGAAGAAUACGGAAGGAAAGAAUACGCUUCCUCAGACCUGUCAGACCGAGGAGGAGAGGGUUCAAGUUUUGGAAAACCUAUUUAAGUUGAAGCUCCCGGAAGAAGAGAAGAAUGGGAUUAGAGGAAGAAUAUAA